UCGCUUCGAAAAUCGUCAUUGAUCUCUCUCUCUCUCUCUCUCUCUCUCUCUCUCUCUCUCCCGAAUAUAAUUUCUCUUUGGUGACCUUUUUAACAAUGCCCUCUUGAUCACACUUCGCCAUUUCAUGUCUCUCCCCACCAAACGCUCAAUCAGCUCCAAUACCUCCACCACCAGCAACCCCACCAGCAGCAGCAGCAGCGGCAGCGGCAACGGCAGUCCCCGUUCCCCACCCAUGAAGAAGGCCAAGUCCCAGGCCGUUGCUUGCUCUCUCGACCCCAACAAGAACGGACUUCACCACUCUCACCAAGACUUCAACGCGGCCACCACUGCCCUCGAGAACGAUGUCGUCUUCGAUCCUUCCUCCAUGGCCCUCGACGAAGAUCUCAAGCCCGAACCCCUCGCCGCCGCCAAUCUCUCCCGCAAGAAGGCCACCCCGCCUCAGCCUGCCAAGAAGCUCGUAAUCAAGCUCCUCAAAGCUAAACCUACACUGCCCACAAAUUUUGAGGAGGAUACAUGGGCAAAGCUGCAGUCAGCUAUCAAAGCUAUAUUCUUGAAGCAACCAGAUUCUUGUGACUUGGAGAAGCUUUAUCAGGCUGUUAAUGAUCUCUGCUUGCACAAAAUGGGGGGGAAUCUUUAUCAACGGAUUGAAAAAGAGUGCGAGUCACACAUAUCUGCAGCACUGCAGUCUUUGGUUGGGCAAAGCCCAGAUCUGGUGGUUUUCUUGACACUUGUUGAGAGAUGCUGGCAAGAUCUUUGCGACCAGAUGUUGAUGAUUCGUGGUAUAGCUUUGUAUCUAGAUAGAACUUAUGUGAAACAAACCCCAAAUGUACGUUCAUUGUGGGAUAUGGGCUUGCAACUUUUCCGGAAACAUCUUUCUUUGUCUCCUGAAGUUGAGCACAAAACUGUCACUGGCCUCUUAAGAAUGAUUGAGAGUGAAAGAUUAGGUGAAGCAGUUGAUAGGACUUUGCUUAACCAUCUUUUGAAGAUGUUUACUGCUUUAGGAAUUUACUUGGAAACUUUUGAGAAGCAAUUCCUUGAAUGCACAUCUGAGUUUUAUGCUGCUGAAGGAAUGAAAUACAUGCAACAAUCAGAUGUUCCAGAUUAUCUGAAACAUGUGGAGAUAAGGUUGCAUGAAGAACAUGAAAGGUGUGUACUCUACCUGGAUGCAAGUACAAGAAAGCCACUAAUAGCAACUGCAGAAAGGCAGCUCCUUGAACGUCAUAUACCAGCAAUUCUUGAUAAGGGCUUCACAAUGCUGAUGGAUGGGCAUCGUAUUGAGGACCUUCAGAGGAUGUACUCACUAUUUUGUCGAGUCAAUGCCCUUGAAUCAUUAAGGCAGGCCCUUAACUCCUACAUUCGAAGAACUGGGCAGGCAAUUAUCAUGGACGAAGAGAAAGAUAAGGAUAUGGUAUCGUCCUUGUUAGAAUUUAAGGCUUCUCUUGAUUCAAUAUGGGAAGAAAGCUUUUCCAAAAAUGAAGCAUUCUGCAACACAAUAAAGGAUGCAUUUGAGCAUCUAAUUAAUCUCCGCCAGGUCAUUAUGUUCUUCCUUUGGUUCUUUAAUUAUGAUUUAUAUUUACUAUUAAAUCGCUUAGGCAUCAGGAAAUUUCUCUGUUUGAGUAUUUCCAUACUAGAAAAUCUGUGACCUUACAACAAUUAAGUUUUGUUGGAAA